AUGGAUCAAGAGUUUGGAUACUGCUCAUACAACACCGAGGGCAAUCAAGAGGUUGAAUUUUACAAAGAGCGCAAGGAAAAACACAUGUUACAACUCAAUGAGCUAGACGAGAUAAGAGAGAAUGACUAUGGAAGUAAUUGGGUUUACAAGGACAAAGUCAAACGGUGGCACAAAAACAAAAUCUUGAGACGUCCGUUCGAGAGCUUGGGAACCGCUCUCGUCGCACCAAAGGAAUUCAAGGCAUCGAUAAAAAAGUCACCAAAAAUUGAGAUGAAGGAUCGAAACCCUGAUCGAACAUUCAAAGUGCACGAGAAUCGGUUGAAGCACUAUUGGAGAAAUAACGAGGACCGCCAUGUGACUUCGGUCACUUUCGCUUAA